AUGGACUCUUCAAAUCCAUUCACUCAGCCUUCUACUUAUUUGGAUCUGUUAAGUAGCCAACACUAUGAACCCCUCUCACCAAGCGUAGCUGUAGGAUCUCAGUGGACAGUAGCUCCAAGCCAAGAUGAAGAGACAACUGAAGAGAGAAAAGGGAGAAAGAAUUGGUCACAGAAGGAAGAUUUGGUACUUGUAAGUGCUUGGCUUAACACAAGCAAGGAUCCGAUUAUAGGGAAUGAACAAAAGGGUGGCUCCUUUCUCAAUCUAUGUUCUAUGUUUUUUUUAUGUCAACUUAAUUUAAAUUCUAUGUAA